AUGCACGGCCCCUCCUCGCCUGCGCCCACCGCCGCCCGCCCGCAAGGCGCGCCCCAUCACCAUGCCCCGCACUGCGUCGCCGGCCGGCUGCCAGGCUUUGGCCCAUGCCUUGGUCACAGGCGGGCGGACCACACACACUCCCGACAGGGCAUCAUACCCUGCGGCAAUGCCCUGGCGCCGGCGCCUCGAUGCGGGAUCCUCGGGCUGGACCUGAACGGGUGCUCCCCGGAUGCCGCCAGGCGCGAUCUGAGGUCCGGCGCCGUCGGCUGUGCCGCGGCUGCCUCGGCAUCCUCCAGCGGCCGCGGGGCGGGCGAGUCGAUCGACUCGGGGACGAUCAGGGCUCCGAAUCUGGGCGGCAUGGGGAAUGGGCUGAGAUCGAGACGCGGGGACGUGAAGGCCAGUGCCGGGGGGCCCACCGGGGGCAACGGCGCGCAGAUGGUCGCCUCGGGGGUGGUGACGACCGGGAUCGUGGAGGUGACGCGGGAGCAGGCGGCCGGCGGGGUGGGCCCGGGGCUGGACUUCGGUGUGGCGGCCGCGCAGGGGCCGCGGGGCACCAUGGAGGACGAGGCAGUGGUGUUUCCCAACGGAAAAUGUGGAUUCAUGUACGCAAUGGUCCUGGAUGGGCAUGACGGUUUGCCCGCCGUCCAGUGGCUUGCGGACCACAUGUUCGACAUCUUCUCCGGCGUCAUUGACGACGAAACGUUCAGGGGCAGCUGCUCCCUGGAUCAGGUCGACGGACAAACCGGGCUGUGCUGCCCAGUCGAUCUCACUCCUCUGUUAAUGAAAAGUUUCGAGGCCGCAGACAGAGACCUGCUUAAGUUUCUGAAGAAGGAGGGAGGGGUGCGGGCUGCAAAAUCAGGCUCAACAGCAACGAUCGCACUUGUGAAGCCAGACCGCAUACUUGUUGCCAAUGUGGGCGACUCACGUGCGGUUUUGUGCAGAAAUGGCCAGGCAUUUGACCUGACGACAGAGCACAGGGUGUAUGGGUACGGAGCAGCCGUUCAGCCUGAGAUCGAUAGGGUCAACGCUGCUGGUGGAUGGGUCAAUGAUGGUCGCGUGUGCGACGUGCUGGCGGUGUCUCGAGCAUUUGGGGAUUGGGAGUUCAAGGGAGAGGGGCUUCCUCAUGGCCUGGCAGAGAGUGUGGGAGAGGGCUUCAUAACGAAGGAAUUUGCAGACAGUGUCCAUUUCACAGGUGACCCGAUUGUGGCAACACCUGAUGUUACAGAGCUGCCAUUGGGAGACAUUGACGAGUUCGUCAUCGUUGCAACAGAUGGAUUGUGGGACGUCAUGCCGAGUGCUGAUGCCAUUCGAUACACUCGAAAACAAAUCGACAAGGGAGAGUCGUCGCAGGCAAUCGCCGAAGGGCUAGUGGAGCUGGCCAUCAAGCGAUACACCACGGACAACGUGGCGGCCGUCGUCAUUGACCUUGUGGGCGCCACUGCCCGGAAAGAGAGGGCGGCCGGAGCAAAGGCCGCUGCGAAGGCCGCGAAGAAGAAGUCUGGAAGAUGGUUUUGA